CAUAUUCAUUUUUCGAGUUAGCGUCAACCCGUAUAACAGGAAAGACUCACCUGGGACAGUAAUUUUCCGCAAACAGACCUCAGGUACACACAGCCAAUCAAAACGAGCAAAAAAUCAUUACGUCAGCAUUGACUGAAUGAACGUGCAUGUUCACGCUCUGUCACCUCCCGCUGGAAGCACACCUGUGCGCGUUGGCCGGGCAGGUGCAGAACAAGUCAAAGCUCGCGCGGCCAUGUGGGGGGUCAUCUCGUACCUGCAGAGUCCGGAGCUCGUGGCCGGUUUCCAGCGGUUAUGCGGACUGGUCCCGGUUCCGACAGAGACGUGCUCGAGCCCGACUCGAAACGGAUUCGUGGAGGCCAAUGAUGACUCAAUGGAGACUCGUCGGCGCAAAGCGGAGCAUGUGAACGGGAAGCCCGCCUCACAUGACAGUAACUCCAACUAUAAGAUCGACACUUCACAAUGUGACAACAAAACCAGAGAGCAUCCUCUGCCUCAUUAUGAGGUGAAAAACAGGAUUCUCUAUUUCCUGUUUCUGUCGUCAGCCAUGCUGGGGCAUGAAGUGUUUUACAUCACUUGUCUGCCCUGCAUCCACUGGAACCUCGACACGUUUCUGUGUAGGCGCCUUGUCAAUGUGUGGGCUGUUGUGAUGUAUAUUGGUCAGGCCAUGAAGGAUAUUUUAAAGCUCCCUCGGCCUCCAGCUCCCCCUGUGGUCAAACUGGAGACGCGCGUGGACGCUGAGUACGGGAUGCCGUCCACGCAUGCCAUGGCGGCCACUGCCAUCUUCUUUGAGCUCCUGCUCAGUGCUCAGGAAAGAGUGAAGUUUCAGUUUGAAGUUGGAUUGACUGUUGCCGCGGUUCUGUCUGCACUCGUGUGCUUGAGUCGUCUUUACACUGGCAUGCACUCGGCUCUGGAUGUGAUUUGUGGAGCUCUUAUUUCAGCCGGCAUCAUAGUCGUGUCGCACCCUUUCUGGGAAACAUUCGACCGAGUGCAGCUCCACAACCCCAUCUCCCCUGCAGUGGCGCUGAUACUGCCACUUUUCCUGUGUUACAAAUACCCCGAACUGGACCAUUACAGCACCACUCGAGGAGACACCACCAUUAUUUUAGGAUGCGCGGCUGGAAGUUCCGUCGGAUACUGGGUGAAUGAGAGAUUGGGGCAGACCUUCGAACUAGUCGGGCCUUUUCCGGUCACUCUUUCACCUCUGACUCCUACAGCGUUGGGCCACGGUGUCGCACGUUUCCUGGUUGGGGUUGGGAUGCUGGUGCUGACCCGGCAGGUGUUCCGCUGGGCGAGCCUGCGGGCGCUCUGUCUCGUGUACGGAGCAUCUUUGAGUGAUAUUGAUGCUCGCAGAAAGAAGGAGAUCGAGGUGCCGUAUAAAUUCAUCACGUACACGGCCAUCGGCCUGGUGAAUAGCAUGCUGGUGAGUAGAGUGUUUGGAAUGAUGGGACUGCUGUGAUUUCUGUGGAGUUUUACAGGAGAUUCAUGCACCGAUGUGCCUUUUAAAGAGAAUCCCUCCCCAUCGGUCCUUGUCAAGGGAUUCAUUCGCUUUUGUCUGUUUUUACAACCUGUUAAGUAAAAAACUGCAUUCCACCAAAUCAAAUUGAGAUAUUUAAGGUGUGUAGAUGACUUGUUUCAUGAGCACCCGCUGUGUGCCAUCAGUGGAGUUGCAAACAGUCCCACCUUCAUUUUUCUCCACCUCUAUUUUGGGCUGAUCAGAAUGUUUAUGUAGCACUAAAGGGUUUGUUUGGCUUACGGAGGAUUUAUAGUUGUUUCUGUGUAAAUAAAGCUGGGAUAUGAGAAAGUAAUACCGUUUACUUUGGAACUCAGUUCAGGGCAACAGAUUAAUGAUGUUUCAAAAAUGCCAUGUGAACAUAUAACCUUUAAAGUGGUAGUACGGCCAAAUAUAAUUUUUUUCACCCCCAUGUCAUUCCAAACCUAUAUGACUUGCGUUCCUCUGCAGAACAAAAAGAAGAUAUUUUGAAGAACGUCGGUGACCAAACACUGGUCCCAUAAGCUUCCAUUGUAUGAACGCAAAACCACUCAGGCUCAGAAUAUCUUCUUUUGUGUCCCACACAUGAAAGAGUCAUACAGGUUUUUAUUUACAUGGGAGUAAAUGAAUGACAGAUUUUUUUAAAUGAGAGUGUACUGUCCCUUUAAUGUGUAAUCCAUCUGAUCCCAUUAUUAGAACGGCCUAUCCCCAUCUCAAAUGCUAUGACUACCUUCUCUGUUAAUAUUACACCAUGUUUUUUAUCAUGCAGAUAUUAAAAUAAUUAUUUAUUACAACUACAAAAAAACAUUUUGUUCUACGAGGUUCGUGUACAACAUACAUAUACAUUUGUUUGUGAGCCAUUUCUGCUGCUGUAUAAGGAAUAAACCAGGUCAAAUGAA